AUGGCCACUCUAUAUCUACCUGAUGUUCGUCAGGCCAUAUCUCAAUUGGCAACUGGAACACAUGCGGAUGGUGAUCAAGUCGCGUCUUAUUUGCAAGACUGGUUCGCAAGUCUCAAGAGGAUGUCACCAGGGAAAUGGAAUGAAGUCCGUACCUUCUACUUAACCGCCGCCAUGUGCUAUCCAGUUGGAGACAAAGAGCGGUUAAGCACCAUCUCCGAAUGGAUCGUAAUACUCUUCGCAUGGGAUGAUCUGUUUGAUGUCCCAGAGGACAACCUCAUGGACGAUACACGUGGUGCAAAGGAGAUCAACAAUGUAGUUCUAUCCAUAUUCGAUACUCCUGAAACGUCAGAGACACAGGCGGAGUUGACCGUCGUUGCAGCAUUUCGUGCAUUCUGGGCUCGUUUCCGUACCACAUCGACCCCGACUAUGCAAAAGCGUUUUAUAGACGCUGUCCGUCGAUACGCCCGGGGCACAGAGAAAUUAGUGCACAAUCGAGAGCAGUGGCGAGUUCCCAGCAUGGAGGAAUUUGUUGCAAUGCGGCGAGCGACUUCAGCAGUUGAGCCAGCCCUUGCUGGUGUCGAGUAUACUCUCGAGAUAGAAGUCCCCCACGAAGCAUUCUACCAUGCAGCAGUACAAGAACUCCGGGACACUAUCAAUGAUAUAGCGUCAUGGACGAACGAUAUGUACAGUUUCAACAAAGAACAAGCUGCUGGGGACUACCAAAAUCUUGUCGCGGUUGUCGCUGUAGAGAAGAAACUUGACGUGCAGUCGGCCAUUCAAUUUGUAUUCGUCAUGAUCCAGUCGGCCAUCGACCACUACUUCGAAGCCCGAAAACGCGUGCCAAAGUUCGAUCCAAAGACCGAUGAUCUUGUCUCGCGAUACAUUCGUGGCAUUGAAUGUUUUUGCAGUGGUAGUAUACUCUGGCACUUCGAGGUCGACCGAUACUUCGGCUCCAAGUUUGGCGAAGCCGAGGACAGAUUGGCAGUCAAAAUGCUUCCGAGAGAAAAGAACGCGCCCGAGCCUGGAUUUCAGCUGGAGUACAAAACUCCGUCAACCGUGAUCGCUUCUGUCGGAGAUGGAAUGUCUGUGUCCAAGAAUAUAUCUGGUAUCAAGAGUCGGGCUCUCUUGUAG